GGUGACCGGGUGCACGGCAUGAGGCUGCUGUGGAAAUCUGUGGACAAGAUGAGGUGUCUGAGGAAACGCUCCACUAUUCCCUUCCUCGGCUUCCUCAUCACCUUCCUCCUCUUCCUGAACCUCUACAUCGAGGAUGGCUACGUUCUGGAAGAGGAUAAGAGGCAGCUCAGGGAAGCAUCAGUCCACCCACCGAGCUCAGAACGAUACAUUCACACUUUCAGAGACCUUAGUAAUUUCUCUGGAACCAUUAAUGUCACGUAUCGUUAUCUUGCUGGAACCCCGCUGAACCGCAAGAAGUAUCUUACCAUUGGAUUGUCUUCAGUGAAAAGGAAAAGAGGGAAUUAUCUUCUUGAGACCAUCAAAUCCAUUUUCGAUCAGUCCAGUUACGAGGAACUGAAAGAGAUAAUCGUUGUGGUCCACCUGGCCGACUUUGACCUGGUCUGGUGUGAGAACCUGGUUCAGGAAAUCACCAGGAAGUUUGCUCACCACAUCAUAUCCGGACGCCUCCUGGUGAUCCAGGCACAAGAGGAGUAUUACCCGUCGCUGGAUGGAUUGAAAAGGAACUAUAACGACCCGGAGGACCGUGUCCGUUUCCGCUCGAAGCAGAACGUCGACUACGCGUUCCUCCUCAACUUCUGCACAAACCUUUCUCACUUCUACAUGAUGUUAGAGGACGACGUGCGCUGCUCCAGGAACUUCCUGACAGUGCUGAAGAAGGUGAUCAACUCCAGAGAAGGCUCCUACUGGGUGAUGCUGGAGUUUUCCAAGCUGGGCUACAUCGGGAAGCUGUACCACUCCAGAGACCUGCCACGUCUGGCUCAUUUCCUGCUCAUGUUCUACCAGGAGAUGCCCUGUGACUGGCUCCUCAUCCACUUCAGGGGUCUGCUGGCCCAGAAGGACGUGAUCCGCUUCAAGCCCUCGCUUUUCCAGCACAUGGGCUACUACUCAUCUUACAAAGGAGCGGAGAACAAACUGAAGGACGACGACUUUGAGGAAGACUCCAUAGACAUUCCUGACAACCCCCCUGCCAGCCUUUACACCAACAUCAACGUCUUUGAAAACUAUGACGCAACCAAGGCUUACAGCACAGUGGACGAAUACUUUUGGGGGAAGCCUCCAUCCACUGGAGACUUCUUUGUCAUAGUCUUUAACAAAUCUACCAAAAUCAGUAAAAUUAAGAUUGCCACUGGUUCUGACGACCGGCAGAAUGACUUUCUUCACCACGGAGCUGUGGAAGUGGGAGAGAAGCUGGUUGGGACUAAAAAAGGAAAACAGUGUUCAUCUUAUAUCACAUUAGGGGAGUUUAAAAAUGGCAACAUUGAGGUUCAAGAUGUAGACCACAAGAUUGCCUUUGAAAUUGAGUGUGUACGCAUCGUUGUGACGGCCAGUCAGAAAGAAUGGCUUAUUAUUAGGAGUAUAAGUUUAUGGACUACACAACCUCCCAGCCAAUGAAGACUAUACACAAAGACUCUUAGUUUGUCGUUUAGACUAGGGUUUUUACUAUGAUUAUGAUUUGUUAAUGUGUGAAUUUUCAGGAUUAUUUAUUAAUUUUGUAUGUAUUUAUUAAUACUCAUUUUGAUUGUUAAAUCAAUCAAUAGUUUUUAUACCUGCAAGUUGUAACCUUAAUGGGACAUCAUACCAGUCUUUAAGGACUGUUCAACUAACUUCAUUGUCCAUCAGCAUAGGUCUUUUCGAUAGUCCAUAGUCCUUUUCAGCAUAUAUGUGGCUGAUAAGUCAGUAUUAUGUUUUUUAUGAACUAUUAUAUUCUAAUAAAACAAUCACAUUGUUAUUGUUUUUUAUCCAAGAUGAGGCUUACAACAUUCUCUCUUUUUACCAUCAACAAAUCCUACAAAUAGACUAAAUCCAUUUUUCAUUUGAUCAUUGUGUAGCCAAAGUCUCAUAAAUCUCAUUCUUCUAUAUUCUUUUGUGCCAUGUAGCCAUACCCUAAAAAACACGUCCCUCCUAAACCAGGAACAUACACACACUGUUAUUUAUUUUGAGACAUCCCGUGAUGUACCUUUCAUCUGCAUUAAUCCACUUUUGAAAAUGGUGUUCAACUAAUGUGGUAGCCUACUUAAAUUUAUCUUAAGUAACAUUUCCUCAAAGGUCUGUAUUUUUCUAAUGAAACAUAUUAUUUGUGACCCAUUUUCCAACAUUCAUGUCUUUUAAUAGGAAUGAAUGGGCUCGGGGCUGAAUGCCACAGACAGUGUGGGCAGGUCAGAAUGUACUGAGCAAUAGACUAAUAUAUUAUUUGUUUUAUUCUUUUCAUGGUAUUAGUUGACAGUAACAAGUGUGUAGAAUAAUUCGCCAAACAGAAAGUUACCAGAAGUUAUUGAAGGUUUUUUGUUUUAUGCAUUUAAUCAAAUGUUAAUCAUUAAGCAUAGUAUGA